GGUGGACUGGCUGCAGCAGGAUGUCCUCCCCCUCCCCGGAUAGAAAAUGAAUGGUACGGUCCGGGGUAUAUAAGGGUCUGCUGGCGGGCUUAUAGCUCAGUGCGUGCUCAGACACGGAAGUGAAGGUGAGGGUCUUUAGAUGGGAGGUCAGGGGUCAAGUUCAUGUGUUAGGCUAUUAAUGUUCUGUUUAAUGUCAGCCACGUGCUGCCUGGUUUAUUUUAAUGUCUAACACUGAGUGACUGGGAAUAAGUCAUUAUUAUUAUUUUAUUAUUUAAUUUAAAGUCACUAUCAGAUCAAUACAUACACUGUGUGUGUUUUGUGAAUUGAGGUAUCCUGGAUUUGUAAAUCUCAUAUUAUUCUAAAUAUUGUGCAAGGUUACUGUGGGUAUCCACAAUGGGAUUAGUGUAUCAUUUCACAAUGCUACAGUGUAAUUGCAUAACCAAGGCUGCAGUCUGUGACAGGCACUCAUGCGAGAGAUGGCUUUACACUUUGCUAAUUAUAUAACUUUUUUUAUUUUUUAGGCAUAAUGGCAGCAGGAAAGGCUCAUAUUGGAAAACCAGCUCCGGAUUUCAAGACUACAGCGGUGGUCCAUGGAGAAUUUAAAGAAGUUAAACUGUCAGACUACAAAGGUAAAGUUUGCUUAAUAUUCUUUGUCUUGUGCAACACAAAGGGGCUAAUGUGAAUAAAUACCUAUAAUGGAGGCUAGCAAUGCAUUGAGGGUUUGCAGAAGAUAUAUGGUGAAAGUGCCAUAUCUAUUGUAUUCUAAUUUAAAGAUAACAUCUUAACAUGUAAUGGUAAAUAUUGCAUAUCUUGCAAACACCAUGAAGGUGAUAUGCCUGCUUGUACCAUGACCGCCUAUUCAGGUUUCAUUAGAUAUACCUACAGUGCUGGGGCCCAGUUCCUAUUACCAUUGUACUGGUUAAGGAGACACUCAAGGGACCCAAAACACUACAGCUUAAUCUAAAGGAUUUGGAGGCAAAAUCAGUCCCUGCAGGCUGCACUGACUUUUCACGUCUCUCCCUCUAAUGCCUUUCACUCAGAUGGCCACGAGGGGCUUCCUGGUUGCACUCCUGCAAAAUUAAGUGUCUCCAUGCUGAGCAUUGAGAUGCUGAUUUUGUUUUUUGUUUUUUAAUUUUUUUUUUUUCCCUCCCCCACGUCUCAUUCAAUGAGAUUAUAGUUGAUAUGCUCCCACUGAAAUAGACCAUACAAUUUUUACUUAAGGUGGUCCGACGUUCUAAAUGGUUAGUAUAACAGUCUAGCGUCAGCAUUGCAUGUUUGCAUUCUUAAUGCCAGUGUUCCUGUUUAAGUGUCACACUACUUGUUAUAGAUAUUGCAUAUAAUGGCAAGUCAUACAGCCUCGUGUCUUCUGCCUUCCUGAUAACCAUGAAGUUAUUGACUCAGCCCUUGUAGAAGGCAUGAAUAAUGUAUUCACAUAAACUGGGUCUCUGCUUGCUCAGUGCUGUCCAUGUAAGAUAACCCUACACAUUCUGACGCCUAUUGCCAGCCACUGGCUGUAUAUAUGUUUUACAAUAUUUAAACAGGGUGUCACAUUUCAUCCAGGUUGAAGCAGGUCUAACCUGCCACUUGCUGUGUCUGAUGCAGUGGCUUUAACCUUGCACUCUGUUUAUUACUGCAAUUCUUGUCGGCAGAGGCUGCCUUACUACAUGUUGGCUCAAAGAAACUACUAGUUUAUUCUUAAUGCCGCAGGCACCCAACCCCCAACUUAAAAACCUGGCUUUCAGUAGACUAGUCAGUGAAGUAAAUGGAUCCUUUGAGUCAUUCGUUACUGAUGACUAUAUGGUUUAACUUGUGUUUGCUGUAUUGGCAGGAAAAUACCUGGUUUUGUUCUUUUACCCCUUGGACUUCACAUUCGUCUGCCCCACGGAGAUCAUUGCGUUCAGUGAUCACGUCGAGGAAUUCCGCAAGAUCAACUGCGAAGUCAUUGCUGCCUCUGUGGACUCUCACUUCUCACAUCUUGCAUGGUAAGACUCACUUGUGUAUAACAUGCAGCUGCUCCUCACCAUUGUGAUUCCUUCCAUGUUAAGAACUCCCCAUGAUUUCACAACUGCAACUCCAGCAAGACUUUUCCUGUAGGUUGGGGAAAAGGUACAACUUACUCCUUUAACCCAGAUCUAAAGAGUAGAGCAUACAGAGCUCACUCAGUGUAUGUACUGAUUGUCAUGGAUGUCAUAACUUAUUUUAAAAAAAUCACUGAAUCUCCUUUAGAUUGAACCAGCCCUAAUAAAAGGGUUGAUUACAUAACAUUCCAGAAUCUUCAGACAACAGGAUUCUAAUUAAAAUGAGCAGUGGAAUACUGGUAACAUGUGACUGCUACUUUGACAAUUCUUACGUGGUUAACCUACUUUACUAACUGGCAUGUGAUCCCUUUUUUGGACAUAUCUAAUUUGAACAGGUCAUUGAUUCUACAUGAAAUUGAGGGUUUUAACAAGACAUGCAACUAUUCUUCAAUGUUAGGCCCCCCAACAUGAGGGGUCUGUACUCCUUCCAACAUCCAAACGUGUGUUUGUUUGUUUUUUUUCUUUGCAUAAUAUAGCUUUAUAGUGAAUAAACCUGGCUAAGCGGGAGGUUAUGUACAGCUCUUGCUGUGAAAUUGUUCCAAAAAGCGGAGUUAUCUGCAUCCGUUGAAUUGUCUAACUCAGCGGAUCCAGCUAGGGUGUGUAGCACCUAAUCUGUAUAGUCCAUCCAUACAGAACUCCUCAGAUCCUCCACUGUUAAACACUUAUCUCCCUGCACAGAAGGUUGUGGAAUAGACGUUAAACACCCAAUGGUCUUGGGGAUCCGUCUCUUCAAUUAACGAAGAGUUCUUCUGUUACACUGGACCUUGACUAACUUGUUUCACAGACCUUCAUUAACCCCUUAAGGACCAAACUUUUGGAAUAAAAGGGAAUCACGACAUGUCACACAUGUCAUGUGUCCUUAAGGGUUUAUCUAAAUUCUAGUUAAGCCUGCUCUCAUGAGAUUUCUGUUCGACCCAUGGCUUUUAGGCUCUUGUUUGGGAGCCAGCGAUAAGCUGGCUGCAGGGCUGAACUUCAGAACAGGACUGAUUUGAGGGUUUAACCUCCAAUGUAACAAUGCCUAAAGUCAUAUUUAUCUUAAUCUCUUUCAAAGUAACUUUCUUUAUUGAAGAGUGUCAUAUCAAAUCGGUGUUUCAGUUCAAAACAAACUUACUUCGAGACAAAUACCAUGACAAACUAUGGUAUUGAUCGCCCACACACAUGCAGGAUCAGCUGCUUGCGUCCUGGUUACUGUGGGAACGUGAAACAGCUGGUCGGGUGCAGACUCCCUAUCAGGCGUCUCUGCUAAUCAGGAAAUAAUUUUUGGCAGAUGACACACACGUUCCCGGCGUUGACUGAUGCCAGUCCCACACACUGGUGAGUAGCUAAAUGGCAGUACAAUAUGUAGGUGGUGGUUGGCUAUGGUAUUUUUGCUCUGAGGAAAGUUCAUGUUUUGAACUGAAACGUCGCUUUUGAUUUGACACGCUUCAAUAAAGUUUUACUUUGAAAAUCCAUGAGUUGACUUGUGUUUGGGUUUUUAUCUACUAAUUUGUGCGCUCAAGCACUGGGUGAGAAUAACUGUAGGAGUGCAAGAUGUCUGUCUUUAUAGAGAAGAUUAAUUGGUGGGCCUAUGAGGUAUAAAUUUAUGAUUGGAUAUAAAAUUAACUAACUUGCCCCUUCUGGUGCAAACAAUGCAUCUGCCUCAAUAUGAUCUGACCUCUAUGCGAUCUUGGUGAAAUUCUUGUUUAAUCAUUAAAGGGACACUCUAGGUAACACUACUACUUGAUGUAGUGGUCUUAGUCUCUAGGUCAGGCAUCCCCAAACUCUGGCCCUCCAGAUGUUGAACUCUAAGCCCCAUGAUUCUCAACCUAUCUAUAUCAUUCAUAGAAUCAUGUGAGUUGUAGUUCAACACCUGGAGGGCCAGAGUUUGGGGAAAGGACAUUCUAGGCAUUAAGACAACUUCAUCUAAAAGAAAGUUGGUGCCAGGCGGUCAGAUGGUCUCGGUCAAUCAGUGACUCUCCAUUCACUAAACUGGCUUAAAUGUAUGUUCUUUUCCAAGUUUUUAUUUUUUAUUUUUUUUUUACAUUCUUUAUGGUGUGAAAUGAACAAACUAUCUUGUGAUGCCAAACCGCAUUGACCAGAGUUUCUCGUAGAAACAUUGCCAUGGUAUACGACAAUAGACAAGAUGAACCUUUCUCAAUAGAUUAGCUAAUGUGUAUUACUAUCUAACCUCCAAGCCAGUCUAGUAAAUGGAGAGCAUCAUCUGACCGCUCACAGCCAAUCAGCAGUGCCCCUGCCCAGCAGCAUUUUGUGAAUCUGAUAAUUCAGAAGCUGGGUGUCUCUGGCGGAGUGGACAUCGCUGUUGGAGGCAAUUUGGGGGUUUAACUACUCAAAAAAUGGCUAACCUCUUGAGGUAAGAGUUCCUCCUGGCACAGUAACUUGAUUUAAAUUAGAUUUAAGUUUUGGUGCCUGGAGUGUCUCUUUUAAGCCUUGCCAUUUCAAAGAAACAAUGCAUUUGUCAUGUUCAUCCCACCUCCAUGGUUAAGAUCAUAAAGAAUGAUCUAUGACCAAUGUGUAUCCAUAGGAAAAGCAUCAGGGUCCUAGUACACUGUAAAACGCCAUCCAUGCUGAACAGUUCUGUUUGCCAUUACAGGGUUAAACAGACCAGGACACUUCAUUGAUCUGGUCUGGAUGCCUAUAGUGUUCGUUUGCUUCUUCCCAUAGAGAAGCACUUAUAAUGGGUGGUAUUUAACUUUUGAUGGAACGCUGUGUUUGAUGUGAGUUCCAUACUAUAAUCCAACAAGGUUUGUGACUACAACUGCUGCUAGCCAAUCCUUCUGCAAUCUGCCCAUUGCAUUACAAGUCAGCCAGGGCAAAAGAGAAUAAAUUGUAGUUUCUCCUCUGUUAGCUUACGACUACUACGUGCAAAGUACAGAGCUCAUUACAAUGACAGGAAACUAAGAUGGAGGCGCCCAGUUGCAGAAUAGAUCUUAAUUUCUGUAAACAUUUGACUAUUUUGUGGGCAUUUUAUUUUUCUUAACAUCAAAAAGCUUAUUUGAUAAGCAAACUGAACAAAACUCCUAGGAAGUGAGUCUCCUCUGAAGUGCACUACAAUUGUCCAGGUUUUGUCAGAAUCGCCACAUACAGAUUUGUGAAAUGCCUAAAUACUGUAUUCUUUGGACUGAGUUGGGAACAAUAAUGGUCUAUAUUGUCUCUGGAGAAGUUUAAAUAAGACCGUAACGAAGCAAAUACUGCAUGUAAACUCUGCAAAUAAAACACAACUUUUACCCUUAACUGAGACAAUGCUAAUUGGAUAUUGCUGGAUAUUUCUGUGCCCACAUUGACAUUGCCAUACAAUCAAAUAUUGUAAUGUCUUUCAGGACAAAUGUUCCCCGCAAGGAAGGUGGUCUGGGGCCUAUGAAUAUCCCUCUGCUGUCUGACUUAAAACAUACCAUUGCUCAGGAUUAUGGGGUCUUAAAAGAGGAUGAUGGUGUGUCCUUCAGGUGUGUAUCUUUCAGUUAGUGACUGCGUUGCUAUUCUUCUAGUGACUUAAUAUCUGCUGUUGCGACUUUUUACUUUUUGUAAUCCUUCCACCCACAAUGGAAGGGUCUGGUUUACCUGCAUAAUUCGCUCUAGUCAGAUAUGCAGUCUCUCUCAUAAACCCAAACAGCUGGUGCUUUGUACUCUGGUUUCAUGUUUUCUGCCUCUCAGAUGGCCUGUCCAUAUGAACAAUUGGGAAUCUGUUUUAAUUCUGAUACUUCUUCUCAGGGGUCUCUUUAUUAUCGAUACCAAAGGGAUCCUCCGCCAGAUCACAAUAAACGACCUGCCUGUUGGUCGGUCUGUGGAGGAGACUCUCCGACUGGUACAGGCUUUCCAGUUCACUGACACCCACGGAGAAGGUAAGUGGCCUUUAAUGCUGCGGUCUAUCUCGUGCUGCUGCAGCCAGUUUGACAUAUGAUUACUAUAUCUGCUCACUGGGUGCUAGAACUCUGAUGCUGGUAGGCAUGCCAUGUUUAAUGUGUUCUGGAGGAGUCUUUAGUGGCUUCACUAUUAAUACACAACACACAGUGGAUUUCUCUCCAAAGGAUACCAAUUGGAAGUAUUAGCGGUGAGAGAAUUCUACAACAUAUCUGAUGGACAUGUCCCUGUAAAGGAAGAUUGCAAUUCUAAAUAAAGGGUCAUGUUGCAUUAACCCAUUAAGGACACAUGAUUCCCUUUUAUUCUAGAAGUUUGGUCCUUAAGGGGUUAAAGGCACAAUUUCUUACUAAAUUACUGUAUUUGUGUCUGUAUAUCCUCCUCUCUGUUUUAUAUGCACAAAGACACCUUUUGUUUAGAAAAGGUGUCUUUGUGCAUCCAAGGCCAAUCCCCCAAUGCUAUGCAUUAACACCUGUAGUCCUGUAUCCUAUCUCUACUUUACCUUACACUCUUGUUUCUUCACAAUCUCUCUUGACACUCGUCUGUCCCCUUCCACAAAACUCCUUGUCUUCUCUUCUAACAUGCCUAAUUUCCCCAACUCAUAGAUUAACUUGUGACUGAGGUAAAAAAUACUAGUCUAUCCAAGAAUCUGGAUCUUUCCAUAAAGACACCAGUUACCAAGGGCUGUUAUUUUGCACAAUAUUAAUGUCUGGGUAUAAUGGUAGGGCCAUGCCAUGUAAUGCUGCUUCAGUGAUCUAGUUGCUAAACUUUCCUUCUGUUUUUAGUGUGUCCUGCUGGCUGGAAGCCAGGGAGCAGCACCAUCAAACCAAACGUGAAGGAUAGCAAAGAAUAUUUCUCAAAGCACUGAUUGGUACACGCAAUAUGAAGAGGAGCCUUUAACAACGUUAUAGUAUUCUGCAUUCUUAGUCUUGUUACUUGUGUUAUCAAAUAAAGAAUGAAUGGAGUUCCUGGAAUCUCUUGUGGUUGGGUAUUUUAUCUGGGUAAGCAUGGGUUAAAGGGUUUCUGAUGUACCUUAUUUGCUCCUGACACCGGCAACAAUUCCAUCU